AUGGAGGAUAUUCAUGGCUCGUGGGAAGGAUCAUACGAGGACUUGCCACAUUUGAUGGAAGUUCUUCAGUCCUUCAAUGUGGGCACGAAGGUGGAUUGGUGCUUUAGGGAGGAUGAUGCAGAGCAACUAGAGGAAGUGACAUUUAGGAGAUUGUUCUGGGCUUUUAAGCCAUGCAUUGAUGGCUUCGAGUAUUGCAGACCCGUCAUACUGAUAGACGGGACUCAUUUGAAUGGACCAUAUCCGGGUGUUCUUCUGAGUGCAACAGCUGUAGAUGGAUUUAGUCACAUUCUUGAUUCUACCAUUGGCGUUUGCUAUAGUGGAGUCGGAGAACAACUCUAG